AUGGGUGACGAAUACUUUGAUGUUGAUAAUUUUCAUGAUCCUGACCAUCCCUACUAUUUGUACCCCUUAGACAAUCCUAGUCUCAUAAUAGUACCAAAGCAGUUUAACUAUUCAGGGUUCAGGGGUUGGAGUCGGUCUAUUCUUUUCUCUUUAGGUGCGAAAAAUAAAUUAGAGUUCAUAGAUGGAUCCUUUGUCAAACCUUCUUCCACAUCUCCCCUGGCUAAACAGUGGGAAAGAUGCAAUUAUAUGAUCUCUAGCUGGUUGUUGAAUGCACUGAGUCCUGAUAUAGUUGAUAGUGCUAUAUACUCCAAAAAUGCUAGUCAAAUGUGGGAUGACUUAAAUGAAAGAUUCGGACAAGCUAAUGUUGCUCGUUGGUAUCGGGUUCAAAAGGAUCUAAGUAUUGUUUCUAAAGGUUCUUGUGAUAUUCAAUCUUAUUUUACCAAAGUAAAAAGACUUUGGGAUGAGCUAGACUCUCUCAGUUCCUCUGGUUGCACUUGUGACUGUACUUGUUGGGGUAAGGAGAAAGCUCAGAAAGAUAAGAAAAUACAAAACUAA